AUGAUAAAAAAUCAAGCGAUACUAUCACCACUAGUUUCAGCAUUGAAAAAGCGUUCAUUUUCUGUUCUUUCCCCAUUAAAAACAACUACUGCUACGUUUAACGAAUCGGCUGCUGAAACUAAUGACAAUCAAGUACCUAUUUCGUCACAAUACAAACCAUUGAGUGGUGCACAAAGAGCUUAUUUGGAUAGAGUUAUAAGAGUCGAUCAGGCUGGUGAAUUGGGUGCAGAUUAUAUAUAUGCAGGCCAAUAUUGGGUGUUAGCCAACAAAACCCCCCAUUUAAAACCCGUUAUACAACACAUGUGGGAUCAGGAAAUACAUCAUCAUAACACCUUCAACAAUUUACAAGUCAAACAUAAUGUUAGACCAUCUUUAUUUACUCCACUAUGGAAAAUUGGCGCCUUUGCUAUGGGUGCUGGAACUGCCUUAAUAAGUCCACAAGCAGCCAUGGCUUGUACGGAGGCUGUUGAAACUGUGAUUGGUGGUCACUAUAAUGAUCAGUUAAGAGCCCUGAACACAGAAUUUGAGGUGGAAAAGUUAGAUGGAUCUAAAGUUAGUGGUAAAAGUGUUGAAGUAAAAGAAUUGAUUGAAACUAUUAGAGAAUUCAGAGAUGAUGAAUUAGAACAUUUAGAUACCGCUAUUAAGUAUGAUUCCCACAAGGCUGUUCCCUAUAUGUUGUUAACUGAAGGCAUCAAGACUAUAUGCCGAGUGGCUAUUUGGACGGCAGAAAGGGUAUGA